CUACAAGCUUGCCAGCAUGGAGCCCCGCCCGAACCCACGAGGCGGGCGCCUUCGGACUGCGUGCGAUCUAUGUCGGCAUAAGAAGAUUAGCUGCGAUGGUGAGAAACCCGCCUGUGAAACAUGUCGCCUGGCCGGCGUGCCGUGCCAAAUUACGCCGCAGGGGCCUUCGGAGAAGAAAUCUAUGAGGGAGCAACUCGCAGAGGCAAGAGCCCGGAUUCAUGAAAUGGAAGAGCGGACAGCAACACCACAACCGAACAUCGGGGUCCAUAUCCGCGAUCCGGCCAACUUUGAUGAGGCGAUGGAUAUCUUCAUGUGGCACCUCGCCUGUGCAGGUCCGCUAUCACCAAGCUCGUCUCGAGGGGAGGCCUUUCUAUCCACAGUCUACAGUCGAACAGGGCAGGCAUUCGAUCUCAAUGUCUUUGCAACCCGCACCCGCGAAGCUUACAUGGCAAAGCAUCCCAACAGAGCUUCGAGGACACUCAUCCCAAAAUGGUCUGGGAUUGACUUGACGAAAAAGUGCAUUGAGCACUACACGAGUCAAUGGCUGUACGCGGUCUUCCCUAUCGCGAAGCCGAGCCGCUUACAGACCCUGCUCGACGAGUAUUCAUCCCAAUCCCUGGGGAGAAGGGGGCAUACAAUGGUCAAGGCCUUUCUCGUUGCGUUUACUGCCUUUAUGACCCAGAUACAUCGCCAUCUGCCCGCGUUUGCCGAUGGCGAACCCGAUUGUUAUAUCCUGGCGGUACUCUCUCUGCUACCGCAAUUAAUCCUCGAACCGAGGAAUGUCGAAGCUCUUCAGGCAGUUAUGGUCAUGGCACAAUAUAUAACCCCCACCGGCCAAACCGAAGCCGGUCAGCUGCUGUUAGGUGUUUCCGUCCGCAUGUUGUAUAACCUCGGCGCCCACAGGGUACACCCAACGACCACCAGCGCCGAGGAACAUAGCCACCUCCGUGCCCUCUUCUGGGCGUGCUAUGGAAUGGAUAAGGAGAUGUCCAUCCGCAGCUUGCAGCCGCCACUGAUAAACGACGCAGAGUGCGACCUUGAUCUACCCCCGAACUAUAUCCAGAGCGCAUCCGUACACCAGUUCGUGGACCAGGCCUUGCCUGAAGACAUCCUGCUGUACCCCUCUGACCUCCGUUUUGCCCAACUCAAAUCAAGACUGUACACACACCUUCUCUCGCCGACCGCUCGAGCACUUCCCGAACCUCGACGACUUGAGUUCAUCCGCCAACUCGACCACGAACUCGCGGAGCUCAAGGCGAGUUUCCCGGCUCAUUUCCAGCCUGACCCCACAGCGUACUUGAAUCCCAACUACAAGGUCCAUGACAUCAGUCUCCGCGGGAUGAACAUUCAUCUCGAGUACUACUACUGCCUCCGUAUCAUCCACGAGGCGAGUAUCGUUUCGAGCAUGGCGUAUCCCGGGACAGGGCACCCGCAGCCGCAGCCGUUAGCCUCGAGCGUCGAGCUAUAUUAUCAUGCCGUGCGCUCGACAUUACUUUAUUUCAUACGCGUCGAGGGGCUGGUUCAGGCGCCGACUGUUUGGAUCCACGCCCAGUUCAUCCUCUCCUCGGUAACUGCCCUCUUCUGGAACAUGCUCCACGACCCUACAGCGGCAACAUUCCACUCAGAUCUCCGCCUACUACAUGAUAUGAAAGCGCUCUUCACACGGCUGUGUGAGAAUUGCUGGGAGGGUGCGCCGCUACCACCAUUGUUCAUCUUCGAGGGGUUCUUGGAGAUGCUGUGUGAUUUAGCUAGACGGGCUCGACUACCUCCUACACAAUAAGGUGUCAUGGGUAUAUUAUUCUUGGUAUGGAAUAGAAUGGAAGUCUGCUUUAUACUAUCAGGAAUAAUAUGGGGUACAGAUGUCGCUCCGAGGUCGUGGCAAGGUAUGCUACGGGUGCGCGAGCCCCGGCAGAGUGGGUUGAGAACGAUAAAUAUCCAAGGAGACCCUCGGCCGUCGUAGAACUCCACGCUUCGGCCGUGCUUGACGAACUGCUUUGUCACGAAUUUCUCCAAUG